AUGUAUAAAUUUAAAUUUAACAUAUUUAAAGCUAUUAAAGCCUUAGAAUUAGAAUUAACAAAAAUCAAAAAUGAAUCCUCAUCAUCAACAAUUAUUCAAGAUUUCAAAAGUUUUGAACAAAUUUUCAAAAAAAAAGAAAAUGAAUUUACAUCACAAGAUAAAUUAUUCAUUGUUGAAGAGAUUUCAAAUUUAUUAAUGAGUAAACCAGAAUAUCCCUCCUUAAUCUCAAAUAUAUUUAGCCCAUUAUUAGUUGAUUUGGUUUCAAGAUAUAUUCAAAAUGGUAAAAAAGAAGAGAGAUGGUUAGGAUUAGUUCAAAGUUGUUUUAGAUUAUUAUCAUUUAAUAAAAGUUUAUUCUCAUCAUUAUGGGAUUGGACACCAUUAUUCUCAUUAUUAGAGAUUAAAAGUCAACGUAUAACAUGGUAUGUCAUUAAAUCAAUGUCAAUGGUAUUAAAUGUACCUGAUCAUCAAAUCACUCAAAUUAAACCAUUAUUUAAACAAUACCAUAAUCAAAUUAUUCAAAUUGAGUCUGAAUUAUUAAAUUUAGAAUCAUCAAAAUUAUUUUUAAAUAAUAAUAAUAACAAUAACAAUAAAAAAGAAAAUAUAAAUAAUAAUCAAGAAGAAGAAAAAGAAGAUGAAGAAUUAAUUAAUAAAUAUCCAAAUAUUUUUAUACAAAAACAAGAUUUACAUAAAUCAAUUGUUGAUGUUUGUGGUAUUUUAUUAUUUAAAAAGUUUGAACAAAUUGGACAUGGUUCAAGUGUAAAAUCAAAAAAAGGAGGAGAACAACAACAAGAGGGAGAAGGGGAAGAUGAACAAGUACAAAAAUUAGUUUAUACAAAUACUGUAUCACAAAAUUUAAAUUCAUUGGCAAUUGCAGUUGGUUUAGGUAAACCAAUUUUAAUUGAGGGUGUUACAGGUUCUGGUAAGACAACAAUGAUUGAAGAAUUAUCAAGAAUCACUGGUAAUGAUAAUAUAAUUAGAAUUCAUUUAGGUGAUCAAACCGAUUCAAAGGUAUUGUUAGGUACUUAUAUCACCUCUGAUACACCGGGUGAAUUUAAAUGGCAAGCUGGUGCACUCACACAAGCCGUUCAAGAAGGUAGAUGGAUUUUAAUUGAGGAUAUUGAUUUAGCACCAAUUGAAGUGUUGUCAGUGUUAAUACCAUUAUUAGAGAAUAGAACUUUAUUCAUACCAGGUCGUGGCGAAGUGAUUGAAGCAUCCAAUGGUUUCCAAUUAUUUGCAACACAAACUUUGUUUGGAUCGCAUAGUCGUGAUCAAAAUGCAAAUAUUCUCUCACAUCUUUGGACUAGAGUUGUAAUUGAAGCUUUAUCACCAACUGAAAUGAAACAAGUUUUAUUAACUCUAUUCCCACAAUUAACAGUUAUGAUUUCAAAAUUCAUUGAAACUUUUAAUUUAUUAUUACGUGUAAUUUCAAAUCAAUCAAUCUCAAUAUCACCAACUGAUGAAGUUGCUGGUAUUGCAAAUAUUGCAAAUACUGCAAAUGUAAAUAAUAUAAACAACAAUAAUAAUACAGAUAAUAAUAAUAAUAAUAAUAGUAAUGAGAAAUUUAUAAUACCAUCAAGUAGAUUUAUAUCAUCAAGAGAUUUAAUAAAGUGGAUUAGACGUUGUAAUCAAAGAUUACAUUUAACAAAUGUUUCACAACAAAUUAUAACAUCAACAAUGCAAGAGAUUGUUUUUGUUGAAGCUUUAGAUUGUUUUUGUUCAAUGAUUAGUAAAAAGAAUUUAAGAAAACAAUUGACUCAAGUUAUUGGUAGAGUUUGGGAAUUAACUGGUGAUCGUAUCAAUUACUAUGUUGAACUUUAUAAACCAUCUAUUAUAAUCACCCAAGAAUCAGUUUCAACAGGUCGUGCAAAAUUAAAAUCAUUAGAGAAAUCUGAUUCAAUUCAAAUUUCAAAUGGUAAAAAACAUACAAGAUUCACAACUGAACAAAGUCAACAAGAUUCCGGUGUAACUAAACAUGGUAAUGUUUUUGCACACACAAUGAAUUCAUUGAGAUUAAUGGAAAAGAUCUCAAUCUCAAUUCAAUUUAAUGAACCAAUUUUAUUAGUUGGUGAAACUGGUACUGGUAAAACAUCGGUAGUUCAAUACAUUGCCGACCAAUUAAAUCAAAAGUUGGUAGUAUUGAAUCUUAAUCAACAAUCAGAUAGUUCAGAUUUAAUUGGUGGUUUUAAACCAGUAGAAAUGCGUUUACUUUGUUUACCUCUAAAGAAUAGAUUCGAUUCAAUGUUUAAAAAGACUUUCUCUGAAUCAAAUAAUACUGAUUUCUUAGAGAAAAUUGAUAAAGCUUUCAUCUCUAAAAAUUGGAAACAAUUCAUUGCUUUAUUAAAUAAAGCAAUUAAAUUAGUUGAAAAUAAAGUUUUAAAAGAUGAUCAAACAACAACAAAUAAUACAAAAGAAAAUAAUAAUAAUAAUAAUAAUAAUAAUAAUAAUAAUAAUAAUAAUAAUAAUAAUAAGAAACGUACAAUUAGAAGUGAAGUUAAAGAAAAAUGGAUAAAAUUAUCAAAUGAUAUAAAGAAAUUAACAAUUCAAUUUGAAAAAUCAAAAAAUAAUUUUGCAUUUAGUUUUGUUGAAGGUUCAUUAGUAAAUUGUAUUCGUAAAGGUUAUUGGGUAUUAUUAGAUGAAAUGAAUUUAGCAACUUCAGAAACUUUAGAGAGUUUAAGUGGUUUAUUCGAUGGUGGUUCAAUUACUUUAACAGAGAAAGGUGAAGUUGAACCAGUUGAAAGACAUCCAAAUUUUAAGGUUUUCGCAUGUAUGAAUCCUCCAACUGAUAUUGGUAAAAAGGAUCUUCCACCUGGUAUUCGUAAUAGAUUCACAGAGUACUAUGUCGAUGAUUUGGAUAAUAGGGGUGAUUUAUGUUUAGUAGUGAAAACAGUUUUAUCAAAUUUAGUACCAAAUCCACCAAUUGAAGAUAUCGUUGAAUUUUAUUUAAAAACUAAACAAGACGCUCAAAAUAAGAUGUUGGAUGGGUCAAAUCAAAAACCAAUCUUUUCAUUACGUACACUUAGUCGUGCAUUGAAUUAUACAAAACAUGUUACAAAAUCAUUUGGUUUCCAACGUGCACUUUUCGAAGGUAUAAGUAUGAGUUUCCUUACUCAAUUAAAUAAAUCAUCUUAUCCAAUGAUGGAACAAUUAAUUAAACAAUAUAUAAAAAAAGGUGAAGUUAAACUUUAUAAUCAACCAUUAAAUAGACCACCACCAACAUCAACAACAAAUAAUAAUAAUAAUAACGCAGAAGAGAGUUAUGUAAAAAUUGAACAGUUUUGGAUUGAAUGUGGUAAUGAGAAACCAAUUAUACCAACUCAUUAUAUUUUAACACCAAGUAUUAAAUCUAAUCUUUCAAAUAUUGCAAGAGUAUUGGUAUCACGUAAACAUCCAAUACUUUUACAAGGUCCAACUAGUAGUGGUAAAACUUCAAUGGUUGAAUAUUUAGCAAUUAGAACUGGUCAUAGAUUCAUUCGUAUCAAUAAUCAUGAACAUACCGAUCUUCAAGAAUAUCUUGGUCAAUAUAUAAGUGAUGAUAAGGGUAAACUUGUAUUCCAAGAGGGUAUUUUAGUGGAAGCAGUACGUAAAGGUUAUUGGGUAGUAUUGGACGAGUUGAAUUUAGCACCAUCUGAAGUAUUGGAGGCAUUAAAUCGUCUAUUGGAUGACAAUAGAGAGCUUUUCAUUCCAGAGACUCAAGAAGUCGUUAGACCACAUCCACACUUUAUGUUAUUCGCAACUCAAAAUCCACCAGGUCUUUAUGGUGGUAGAAAAGUGUUAUCACGUGCUUUUAGAAAUCGUUUCUUAGAAUUACACGUAGACGAUAUUCCAGAGGAUGAACUUGAAGAGAUUCUUUGUAAACGUUGCGCAUUACCACCAUCCUAUUGCAAGAAAUUAGUAUUAAUUAUGAAAGAACUUCAAUUGAAUAGACAAGGUAGUAACCAAGUUUUCGCAGGUAAACAUGGUGCAAUCACAUUCCGUGAUUUGUUCCGUUGGGCAGAACGUCAACCUUCAUCCUAUGAAGAAUUGGGUAUUGCAGGUUACCAACUCUUGGCUGAACGUUUAAGAAAAGAUGAAGAGAAAUUAAUAAUUAAACAAGUGAUUGAAAAACAUUUAAAGAUUAAAUUAGAUAUCGAAUCUAUCUAUUCAUGUGAUGAUAAACCAGAGUUUUUAAAACUUUUACAAUUAUUAAGUGAGAAUGAUUCAGAAUUAUCAAAAUCAAAUCAUUUAGAGAAAAUCGUUUGGACAAGAUCAAUGAAACGUUUGUUUAGUUUGGUUGGUAAAUGUUUGGAACAUAAAGAACCAAUUUUAUUAGUUGGUGAAACUGGUUGUUCUAAAACUACAAUUUGUCAAUUAUAUUCAAUUUUAAAUAAACAAAAACUUCAUAUACUCAAUUGUCAUCAACAUACUGAAACUGCUGAUUUCAUUGGUGGUUUGCGUCCAGUUAGAGGUCGUGAUCAAGUUUUAUCAAAAUUAUAUUCAUUAGUUAAACAAUAUUUUAAUCAAUUAUCUCAAUUAAAUCUAUAUAAACUUGAACAAGAGAAUAACAACAUCGAUGAAUUACCAAUUAAAGAGAUUAUGGAGAGAUUAAUUGUUGAGUCAUGGAAACAAGUUUCAAAUUCAUCAUUAUUAACUGAACAAUUGAAACAAUUAGCUAUUGAAAUCGAUAAAACUUAUAGUUCCUAUUGUUCAUUAUUUAAUUGGGUUGAUGGCCCAUUGGUUGAAGCAAUGAAGCAAGGUGAUUAUUUCUUAAUUGAUGAAAUUUCAUUAGCAGAGGAUGCAGUUUUAGAAAGAUUAAAUUCAGUUUUAGAACCAAGUAGAUUAUUAGUAUUGGCUGAAAAAGGUGGUGUCGAAAUCGAAGAAUUAAGAGGUCAUAAAGAGUUUAGAAUUUUAGCAACAAUGAAUCCAGGUGGUGAUUUUGGUAAGAAAGAACUUUCACCAGCUAUGAGAAAUCGUUUCACUGAGAUUUGGGUACCUGCAAUUAGUAGUCAUCAAGAUUUAUUACAAAUUAUUGAAGAAAGAUUCACAAGUCCUCAAUUAAAGGGUAAAGGUAGUUUAAUGUUAAACUUUAUCGAAUAUCUAUUAAUGAUUCAAAAGAAUAAACGUGUAAUUAGUUUACGUGAUAUUCUAUCUUGGAUUAGUUUUAUGAAUUUAUGUAUGGAUAAACAAUUACUCUCACCAAAUGAAUCUUAUAUUCAUGGUGCUUGUUUAGUAUUAUUAGAUGGUUUUGGUAUGGGUUCAAAUUCUUCAUCUGAAAGUGAAGGUUUAAAAUUACGUGAGGCAUGUUUAAUUCGUUUAAUUGAUCAAAUUGAAUCACAAGAUGAGAAAUUAAAAUUACAAACAGAAUUAUUAUCAACAUCAUCAUCAUCAUCAUCAUUGUCAUCAUCAAUUGCUAAUAUUAUUAAAGAAGAGAAUAGAUUUGGUAUUCAUCCAUUUUAUAUUCCAGUACGUGAAUCAAAUGUACCAAAGAUUCAAUUUAGUUUAUCAGCACCAACAACUAGUAAGAAUGCACAACGUGUUCUUAGAGGUAUGCAAUUACCACGUGCUAUUUUAGUGGAAGGUUCACCAGGUGUUGGUAAAACUUCAUUGAUUACAGCUAUUGCAAAUGCAUCGGGAAAUCAAAUCGUUCGUAUUAAUCUUUCAGAGCAAACUGAUAUUAUGGAUCUUUUAGGUAGUGAUUUACCAGUUGAAGGUGGUACAGGUGGUCAAUUUGAAUGGAGAGAUGGUGUUUUCUUAGAGGCAUUACGUAAUGGUAGUUGGGUAUUAUUGGAUGAAUUAAAUCUUGCAUCACAAACCGUUUUGGAGGGUUUAAAUUCUUGUUUAGAUCAUCGUUCAGAAGUUUACAUUCCAGAAUUGGGUAAAACAUUUGCAUGUCAUCCAAAUUUCCGUGUUUUCGCUUGCCAAAAUCCACUUCAUCAAGGUGGUGGUCGUAAAGGGUUACCAAAGUCAUUCCUUAAUCGUUUCACUCAAGUAUUCAUUGACCAAUUGAAUCAACAAGAUCUUCUAUUCAUCAGUACAGCAAUGUAUCCAACUAUACCAUCAAAAACCAUUGAACGUAUGAUUGAAUUUAAUCAUCAAAUGUUUAAAGAAUCAAUGAUUGAACAUAAAUUUGCACGUAAAGGUGCACCAUGGGAAUUCAAUCUUCGUGAUACUUUUAGAUGGUGUGAUUUAAUAGUUAAAGAUCCAACAUCAAUUUCAAAUCCUGCCAGAUUCAUUGACUUAAUCUAUCUUCAAAGAAUGAGAACACUUCAAGAUCGUGAACAUGUUUUAACAAUUUUUAAAAGAGUUUUCACCACCAGUGGUGAUGAAAAUGAUCAAUCUAUUGAUAUGAUGCCAACAAUUUGUAAUUACGAUAAACAACCACAUUACUCAAUUUCACCAGAAUAUUUACAAAUUGGUUCAUCAAUUUUACCAAGAGUCCAAAAUGGUGGUGCAUCAUCAUUUGAUAGUAGUGUACUAGAUAAUUCAUCAAAUAUUCAAUUACUUCAACGUUUAUUAAAUCCAUUAGAGAAUAUUAUGAAAUGUAUUGAAAUGAAUUGGAUGAGUAUUUUAAUUGGUCCAACAUCAACUUCAAAAACUUCAUCCAUUCGUUUAUUAGCUCAAUUAACUGGUAAUACACUCUAUGAAUUCUCUAUGAAUUCAUCAGUUGAUACAACAGAGAUUUUAGGUGGUUUUGAACAAAUUGAUUUAGUACGUUAUCAAAAACGUAUCAUAUCAUCAGUAUCAUCAUUAAUCACAAUUGUAUCAUCUCAUAUUAUGACUUACUUUAACUCAAAUGAUGAUAAUUUAAUGAAAACUUGUAUUUCAUCAAUUCAAGAUAUUCAUCAAGUUUGGAAUUUAUUUAAAAAACAAACUCAACAAACUCAACAACAAAUUCAACAAGAUGGUGCAACCAUUGGUAGUGGUGGUGUUGGUUUAAUUACAAUUGAACAAUUGGAUCUUUUAUCAACAAUUGUUGAUGCAUUGGAGAAAUUAUCAAUUCAAUUUAAUUUAGAUAAUAAUCAAGAGCAUUUAAAUAGAAUUCAAGAUGUUAGACAACAAAUUCAACGUAUUAAAUCAAUUGAAAAAGAAAGUGUUACAGGUUGUUUUGAAUGGAUUGAUGGUUUAUUAAUUAAAGCAUUGGAAACUGGUGCAUGGAUAUUAAUUGAUAAUGUUAAUUUCUGUAAUCCAACAGUAUUGGAUCGUUUGAAUCCAUUAUUGGAACAAGACGGUGUUUUAAUGUUAAACGAACGUGGUAUGGUUGAUGGUCAAGUUAAAGUUGUUAAACCACAUCCAAAUUUCCGUAUCUUUUUAACUAUGGAUGAUAAAAAAGGUGAGAUUUCACGUGCUAUGAGAAAUCGUGGUAUUGAAAUUUAUAUGGCAGCCGACCAAUUAUCAUUGAUGGAAACUCCAUCAAAUAAUUUUGAUAAUCAACAAUUGUUAACUGCAUUAGGUAUUCCAUUGGAAAGUUUAACUCGUACAAUGAUUGAUUUCCAUAAUCAAAUUUUCACUCAACUUUCAUCAACAAUUGAAAAUCCAUGUACACUCUCACAAUUAUUAUAUUGGGGUAAAUUAAUACUUGAUCAAUUACAAAGAGGUUUUUCACUAUUAAAUUCAAUUCGUAAUUCAAUGGAACAAAUUUACAUUCGUCCACGUAGACAUUUAACUCAACGUCAAUUGGUUACAAAUAUCUUUAAUUCAAUUUUCAAUGAAUCUGCAAUCAAAUCAAUCCUAUGUGAAGAUCAAACAGUUUUAGGUAUAUAUCCACACUUUAUCAAAGGUAAAGAUUAUGUUACUGAUUCAAUUUCAACAACAAUGAAAAUGAAUUAUCAAUUCUUUGAAUAUUAUUUAAAGAGAUUAAUGAAUUCUUUAUCAUCAUCUUCAUCAUCAUCAUCACAACAACAACAACAAGAUGAAUCAAAUUAUAAGAUUUCAGCAAAAUUCCUAAUUGAAAAUAUUAAUUCAUCACAAUAUGAAAAUUAUGUUUUAUAUUUAAAUUCAUUAAAGGAUCAAAAUGAAAAAGAUUCACCAAUUAAUCAAUUAUUAACAACAUUAAUAUCAUGUAUGAAACAAUUAUUCAAUCAUACAUGUUAUAAAGAUUUUGAAAAAAGAUUAGAACAAUUACUAUCAAUGAUUAAUUUAUCAUUCAUUGAUUCAAAACAAUUAUUAAUUUAUCAAGGUCAUCAAUGGAAAAAUAAUGAUUCAUUAUUUUUAUUAAUUAAAGAAAAAGUUGAUAAUUAUAUUACUAAAGAAGCAGGCGGCUCUGAAUCAAUGAUUCCAAUUAAAGAUUUAUUUAAUCAAGUUUUAUUAAAUGAUAUGGAAAUUAUUAAAUCUUUAUUAUCAUUAUUCAUUCAAAGUUCAAAACAAGAGAAAGAAUAUAAUAAAUUCUUAAAACAAGUUCAACAAGGUAAUGCAAGUCAACAACUUUCAGUUAAAUCAAUUAAAUCAAUACCUGUAAUUUUAUUAUCAUUAGCUUAUACAAAGAAAAUGAUGAGUAAAGAUUUAUUACCACAUCAAGAUAUUAUUUCAAUGAUUUAUCGUCUUUUCAAAUCAUUAGAUGAACAAAUUGAUCAAUGGUUAAUUCAAUUAUCAUCAUCAGAGCAACAACAAUCAACUUUUUCAACUAUUCAAAUUAUUAAUCAAUUAAUUUUAUUAAAAAAUAAUUUCUGGAAUUCAACAUUUAAUUUACCAUCAAAUCAAUUUAAUUUGGGUGAAUUUAUAAUUCGUUGGAGAUGGAUUUAUAAAGAGAUUAAUAAGUUAACAACAUUAACAUCAAAAUCAGAAUCACCAUUAUUAAUUAAUACUGGUUUACAAGUUUUAAUUGAUAAGAUCUCAAGUGGAUUAAAUCAAUAUAAUAAUGAUAAUUCAAAUAAUCGUUUAUGGAAAGUUGGUGGUUAUCCAAUGGUAAUGAAAUCAAAUCAUUUGGUUCAAUUGGAUAGUCAAUUCCUUAGUAUUCUUGAAAAGGUUCAAUACAAUUUCAACAAGAAUGAAUCACCAAUUAAACAUUCUAGUUAUGCAAUCGAUGAAGAUUGGAAGAAAACUUUAAUUGAAGCAAUUUCAACUUUAUAUUGGGCAAAUUAUCAAUUAAAUUCUGAUAAUCAAAAUCAAGAACAACAACAACAAGAGUUGGAUCGUGUUAGUGAAUUCCUUACAAACUUAGAAUUGGUACCACAAACUUUAUCCGAUAAAUUAAAACAAUUAAUUGAAAAACAAAAACAAUUUGAAUUAAAUUCAACAUUUAAUCCAGUUUCAACAAAUUUUGAUAAUAGUGAUAUUUCAAAUGACUCUAUGAUUAGUGAUGCAACAUCAAUUCAUUUCGAUCCAUUAUCAAUUAAACAUCAAGUCAUUUCAAUCUCUCCAUUAAUUGAUCAUUCACUUCAUUUGAAAGAAACUUUUGUAAUCUCUGAAUUGGUUAAAUUAUUAAUGUUACAACAUAUGGAUAUUGAAAAUGGUAAAAUGAAUCAAUCAAUCAUUACCAUAUUUGAAUCAAUAAUUGAUGAAUUAAAAUAUAUCGUAAACAAAUAUAAAUCAUCAACUAUACCAAGAUCAUUAUAUCAUUUAGCAUUUUAUCAAAAAUUAAUUUGGAUGAUUGAUAAUUAUUUAGAAAAAGUUACAACUAACCAAGAAAAAGAUGAACAAGGACAAGAGCAAGAACAAGCUUCUAUUGGUAUAAUUGAACUCCAAUCAGUUAUUCAUUCAAUUCUUUAUGUUUAUAAUUCAAGUCAAUGGAAUAAUGCAUUCAAUGAUAUUUCACAUGUUGGUAAAUAUUCAUUACCACAAUACAAAUAUAGAUUAUCAAAGAAUGAUGCCGCAGCUUCACUCGAUAAUGGUAGUAGUAAAGUUAAUAUUUAUGAUUCAAUUAGAUUUGGAUAUGGUCCACCACGUUUAUUCCAAAAUAUUCAAACUGUAUUCUCUUUCUAUCUUACAUGUGAUUGGGAAUAUGUUAGUAUUGCUGAUGUACCAGUCAAGAUUGAACAAUUGAAUCAAAUCAUUCAACAUUUAACAAGUGCUGAUGGUUCUUCAAAUGUUUCAAAUAUUGAAUCUUUUGAAUAUCAAAUUAAACAAACAAUAGCUUUAUUAUUAUCAACAAUUACAAGUUUCUAUAAAUCAUUUAAUAAUGAUGAACAUAAAAAACAUCAACUUUUGUCAAAUGUUGCUUUAAUUGGUGAACAUUUAUUAUCAUCAUCGUCAUCCUUGGAAAUAUUAGAUAUAGGUUUUGAUGAAUUAAUUGAAAAUAUUAAAGAAUUAAUAAUUCAAUCAAAUGAUAAAUCAUUUAAUGAAAAAUCAAAACAACUUUUAUUACCAUGUCUUGAUAUUUUAUUAUGUUUAGAUGAUAAAGUAUUAUAUAAAGAUGAAUUAAAAUUACAAUCAACAUUUGGUAGACUUCAAUUAUUAUUGAAUACAUUUAGAUUAAUUAUGUUUGUUCCAUCAGGUUCAAUCGAUCCAACUCAAAAGUAUGAUGUUAUUUUACAAUACUCUAAAGAACAUUCAAAACAAUUACAAGAUGAAAUUGAAAUUAGAACAAUUAUUGAAAAACAAUAUACUGGUAAAGAUGGUACAAGUUUAGUAAUUGAUGAAUUGGUACAAAAGAAACAAUCAAUCGAUCAGAAAUUAGCAUUAGAUUCUAAAAAGAUUACACUUCGUCCAAUUCCAUCACAAUUUGAAGAGUUAUAUCGUGAUGUUUCACAAUUUUCAAAUCAUUUUUCAAAUAUUGAAAAAAUCAUUGACUUAAUUUCAAAAUUAGAUUUAUCUCAAGUUAAAAAUGAAUUUAAUUUAGAAGUUGAAUCAGAAGGAGGUGAUAAUCAACAACAACAAGAAAAUAACACUUCUGCAAAUUCAUCAUACAAUCAAAUGAUAUUAUCAACUGAACAAAUGUGGCAAGAGAAAGCAAAUCAUUUCAUUCAAUCUUGUGAAAAGAAAUUCUAUUCAAGAUAUCGUGAUAUUAUUGUACCAAUUAUUACUGCUGUUUAUCAAAUGAAAUCUGGUUUAAGAAUGAUGUCAGUUUCAUUUAAACAAAAAGUUCAAGAUAAUAAAUUAGGUGGUAAUCAGGGUAUAACAAAACAAAUUCAAAAAGUUUUAUUAUCAUUAACUCAAUUCCCAAGAAUUAAUAGUGUUGAUAUAAAUUCUAAAAUAACUACAACUUCUACUACUACUACCGCUACUACCACCACCAACACCACAUCAAAUAAUAUAUUAUUAGAUAAAUUAACAUUAGAUUCAAUUAAAGAUAUGAUGAAAUUUAAUCAAAGAACUAAUCAAGAUAAUUGUAAUGGUGGUUUACAAAACUUUAAAGUAAUUGGAUUAUUAUUACGUUCAUCACUUUGUCAAAUUUAUAGUCAACUUUCAAAUUCAAAUUAUUUAGAUGUUGAUAAUUUAGAAGCUAUCGAUUCAAUAUUUAGAAUCUUUGUUCAAGAAUGGAGAUUCCAAGAAGAAGAGAAAAGAAAGAAAGAAGAAUUAGAGAACCAAGAAUUUAAAUAUAAAGUUCAAACUCAUAAGAUGGAAACUAAGGAAGAAAAGGAUGAAAAAGUUUUCUUAACUUCAUUCCCAAAUUUCUAUAAAGAUUUUGAAGAUUUAGAAGUUGCAAAUGUUGUUGAGAAUCAAAUUGAUGAUGAUAAUGAUGAAGAAAACAAAGAUAAAGAGAAUAAUGAAUCAAAUGUUUUAACAUCAGAAGAUGGUUCAAUGUUUUUCAAAUCAUCAAUUAAUAAUGAAGAGAUUUUACAAUUAUGCUCAAUUCAUAGGGAUAUCUUUAAACAUUUAGAUGGUAUUCCAAUUCCAAAAGAACAACAACAAUGGACACUUAGUGAUAGAGACAGAUCUGAAUUAUUCCAAUUGUUUUAUUCAAGUAGUUACCUUUUAAUGAAAAUUUUAAAUCAAAGAUCAGGUGAUAUGGAAUUCGAUCAAUUAUCAUUGGGUUCACAUAUUUUAUCUGCAUCAAAUCUUAAAGAAACACUCUCAAUUCGUCCACCAUCAUUAAUUACCUAUAGUAAAUUGGAUGAAAAGUUUAGAUUCUUAAAAACAAGUUCUUAUCUCUACAAGAAAUCUAAAGGUAUCAAUGAUGAUGAUGGUGAUAAUCAAGUCGUGGAUGUAAUUCACCAAAAGAAGACCUACAACAUUUAUCGUGAUUCAAAUAUCUCUGAAAUUGGAAUUAUUCGUGAACCAUUAAUUUCAUUUAGAAAGAGAGUAUUCGAAUUAUUGGUUGAAUAUCCUGAACAAGCAAAUCUUACCCUUAUGGUUAAAUUAAUUGAUCGUUUAAUGACCUAUCCAGCAACUGAUCCAUUAGCAAAGAUUUUAACUGGUUUAGAAUUACUCUUACGUAAAUCUUUAGAAUGGGAAUCAUUUGCAAGUAAAGCAGUAUCAAUUCAAAAUCAUUUGAAUGAAAUUUCUUCAUUAAUUGUACGUUGGAGAAAAUUAGAAAUUGAAUCAUGGCCAUCAAUUUUCCAAUCACAAGAGAAAGAAGCAGAGGUAAAAGCAUUGAAAUCUUGGUUCAUUCUUUAUGAUUUAAUUAAUGAUGAACCAUCAUCACCAGAAUUGGAGGAUGAAAAUCUAUCAAAGAAUUUCCAUACACUUCAACAAUAUCUCUAUUCUUCAAGUUUAGGUGAUUUCCUCACUCGUAUUGAAUUAUUGAAAUCUUUCUACAAACAAUUAAAUUCAACAAUUAAAUUAAUUGGUACCUCUAAAAAUACAAAUUAUAAACAAAAACUUUCAGAUAUUAUUUAUAAUAUUUUCAAAUAUUUCGAGAAUUUCAUUUCAAGAUUUGAAGAUCGUUUAGCAAAAUCAAUUAAACCAAUCGAAGAUAAAGCUUUAGAAUUCAUUAGACUCUCAAGAUGGGAUGAUAAUAGAUUGUUAACUCAAUAUGAACGUUUAAAACAACAUAUUGAAGUAUCUCAUAGAAAUUUAGCAAAAGUAACCAUUAAAUAUAAGAAUGUAUUAGCUCAACCAUUACAUGAUAUUUUCACUCAAAUUGAAAAUGAAUUAGAUAUUCCACCAUUGGUAUUACAUUCUGGUGCUGCUACAAUUUUAGAAGAUAAAUUAAAAAAGAAUCAAAAACUUAACAAAAAACAAAUUCAAAAGAAAUCAUUAGCAAUUGAAAAUUUCAAUGAUUGGUUAUCAUUCUCUCCAAGUAAUUAUUCAAUCGAUAGAAAAUCAAUUGAUUCAAUUUCAAAACCAAUUGAAAUUGAAUCACCAUUAUUAAAGAAACUAUUCCAAAUUGAAAAUGAAAAAUUGGCACAAAAUAAACUUUCAUUACUUUCAAAGAGAAUGAUUCAAAUUUGUAAAGAGAAUCUUUUAGAAUCCGAUAGUUGGAAAGUUGUUAGAGAUGGUGUUGAUAUCAUCAAUGAUCUUUCAAUUGAAAUCAUUGAUAGAUUGAAAGAAUUAUCAUCAGAUGAAAAAAUAAAGAGACAAGAGAAAGAAUUUGCUUUGAAAGAAUUAAUGUCAAAAUUCCACGAGAUGGGUCUUUCAUAUCAUAUCAAUCGUUAUCCACAAGAACAAUUACAAAUCUCUUAUCUUUUCAAUGUUAGACAUUUACCAACCAUUUCCGAUAAUCAAGGUUAUUUACCAACUUCCUUCUCUAAAAUUACCGCUGAUAAUGGUGCUAAAUUAUUAGAUCAAGCCGAUCAAUACUAUUAUCGUAUCGUUUCAAGAGUUCAUAGAUUACGUCAAUUAUCAAUUGAAUAUAAUUCUGAUCUCUCAAGUAAACAUGUUCAAAGAAUUAAUGGUUAUGUUGAACACUUUUUAUCAAUAAUUAUUAAUCAAAGAAAUAAUUUAAUUGAUUCAAUUAAUUCUUGGAAUCAUUUAACUUUAUUCACUGAGUUAUUUACAAAUAUUAGUGGUAGUGGUGGUAGCAAUAGUGAAAUCGAUGAACAAAUAUUUAAUAAUCAUAAUAUGUUAAGUAAAUGGUUUGAAAUCCAAAGAGAAUCAAUAAAUCAAUUCAAUCAAGCUAUCAAAGAAAUCUUAUUACUUUGUAGAAAAACAACUUCAGCUGUUAGUGGUGGUAUGAUUUCAACUAUUAUUCCUGAAAUUUGUUCGAUUCAAAUUAUCAUUGAAUCAAUUAAAUCGGAAAUUGAUAAACAUCAAUCUAAAUUACGUAAUCUCUUCUCUUUCCUUAAUAAUCAAUAUCCAAUGAUGACUUGGUCAACAAUUAAUUUAAUCAUUUCAAUUUUCACUAAAUUUAAAGAAAUUAAAGAGAAAUUAAAUCAAUUAUUAUUAUCAAAAUUAUCAAAUAUUAAUUAUAUUAAAUCACCAAUUCAAAUUUUAAUUAAUAAUAUUGAUUCAUUAAUUAAUAAAUUUAAUUCAGAAUAUGAAGAAUUAGUUGGUAAUGAAAUUAAUGAUAAUGAUAUUGAAAAUCAAAAUAAUAUUAAAGAAUUUACAAAUCAAUUUGGUAUUUUAAUUGAUCAAAUUUUAAUUUCAAUUCAAGAUUUGAAAAUUCAAUCAAAUCAAAUCAUUGCUUAUAAUAAAGAACAAGAAGAAUUAGAUCAAGAAUUAGAAAAAGUUAGAGAAUAUACCAUUGAAGAUGGUAGUAUUUCAAAAUUAAGUGAAUUUAUUGAUCAUCAAGUUCAAUCAUUAAGAUUAUCAAAAUUAUUGGAACAAUUCGUUAAACUUCAUAAUAUCAUUGUCGAUGGUGGUGGUAGUGUUUCAACAUUAUCAAUCUAUAGACAAAUGAUUAAACAAAUGGGUCCAUUAUUAGCUCAAUUCAUGUUAAUUGUAAAUCAAUCGAUUGUUGAUAGUUUAUCUUAUCAUAAGACAUGUUGUAAACUUGAAUACAUUUCAACUGGUGUUUUCAUUCAACUCUACUCUAAAGGUUUCUGUAAACCUGCCGAUGGUGGCGAUGAUGGUGAAGGUGGUGAAGGUGGUAGAUCAAAUUUCGAAGAUGAUGUUGAAGGUACUGGUAUGGGUGAAGGUAAAGGUAAAAAGGAUGUUAGUGAUCAACUUGAAGAUCAAGGUCAAAUCGAAGAUACAAACACUCAAAAGAAGGAAGAAAAGGAUGAAGAUGAAGAUGAAGAAAAGGAGGAGAAAGAUGAAGAUGAAGGUUUCGAUAUGCAAGAUGACUUUGAGGGUGAAAUGCACGAUAUUAAAAAAGAUGAAAAUAAAGAUGAAGAUAAGAAAGAUGAUCCAAACAAUGAGAAAGAAAAUGAUAAAGAAAUGGGUGACCUUGAAAAACCAGAAGAUAAUGUCGUCGAUGAAAAACUUUGGGAUGAACAAGAUGUUCAAGAUGAAGAAGAACAAGAUGAAGAAGGUAAAGGUGAUGAAACCAAUAGUGAAGAAAUGAUGGCCAAACAAGAUGGUAAAGAUGAUAAUGAUGACGAUAAGAAAGAUGACGAUAAGAAAGAUGAUAAAAAGAAAAAGAAAGAAGAAAAUGGUAAACCAGAUGAAAAUGAAGAGGGUGAAGAAGGUAAAGAUGAUGAAGAGGAAGAUGGUAAAGAUGAUAAUAAAAAUGCUGACGAUGGUGCAAGUGAUGAAGAUGAUUUCGGUCAAGAAGAGAAUGAGGAUGAUGUUAUCAACCAAGAACAAGAGAAAGAAGAAAAUCAUGGUGACCCAAGAGGUGAUGAUCAAAUGGAAAUUCCUGAGGAUUUAGAAUUAGAAGAUCCAGAUGAAGGUAAGGAAGAUGAUGAACAACAAGAUGGUGGUGACGAUUUCAAAGAUCCUUUGGAUGAAAUGGAUGGUGAUGAUGUUAGUAAAGAAGAAGAGAAAAAGAAAGAAUUGGAUGGUGAUGAAAAGGAGGAAUCUGAUCAAGAUGGUGACGAAGAGAAAGAAGAUGAAGAAAAAGAGGAUGGUGAUGAAGAUGAAGAUAAAGAAGAUAAAGAAAAUCAACCAAUUGAUCCAUCAAAUGUUGAUUCAAUCAAUCCUGAAGGUGACGAACCAGAGAAAGAACAACCAGAAGAGGAUCAAACAUCACUAACUACAAAUGAACAACAAGAUGAAACACCAAAAGAUUCAGAGCAACCAUUGGGUGUUAAAGAUAAAACUGGUAGUAAAUCAAAUGUUUCAAACACUGAUGAAGAGAUGAAAGAUGAAUCCAAUCAAGAUAAUGCUGAUGACGAUAGUGGUAUGACUCAACCAACUCCAUCCGAAAAUGAUACAGGUGCUCUUAAAAAUCUUAAAUCUCAACCACCACCACAAUCAAGUGCUCAACAACCACCAAAGAAACAAAAACAAGUAGAUCCAAAUCCAUAUAGAUCAAUGGGUGAUGCAAAUAAAGAGUGGAAGAAACGUUUAAAUCUUAAACAAGAACAAGAGGAAGAAGAGGAAGAACAAUCAUCUGAACCAAAAGAAAAAGCACCAAAACAAGAUCCAAACGCCAAAGAAAAUGAAAAUCAAGAUUAUGAAUUCAUUAAAGAUGAUGAAAAACUUGAUAAAGAUGAAGAAACCGAUCAAGCUUUAGCCGCUGCCACCGAUACUCAAUUACAAGAUAUUCCACAAAAUAAAGCCCAAGAUGAUCAAGCAGAACAAGAAGAGGAUCAAAUGGAUAUCGAUGAGGAGGAUGAUAUGGAUGUUGAUCAUAAACAAGAGGUUGAACAUCAAGAUGAUUCUAAACAACAACUUGAUGAAAAUAAAAAGAUUUCAAUGUCAAAAUUGAAACAAGAUCAAUUGAAACAACAAAAAGAAAAAGAAAAAGAAAAACUUGAAAAAGAUCAACAAGAUGGUCAAGAUGAUGAAUUGGAUGGUUUAAAUCAAAAAGAACAAUUCACAAAGGAACAAUUAGAAAAUCUUACAAAUCUUGAUAAAGAAAAAGCAGUUUUAGAUGAUGGUGAUGAUCAAGAAAUGGAACAAGAUGGUGAUCAAGAUGAUGAAGAAUCUGUCGAAGAAAAGAAACUAACUCGUGAAGAUUUAGAUAGAAUGAGACAAGAAUUGGAGCAAUACAAAAUUGAAAAUUCUAGUAAUCCAGAGAUUGGUACUGAGUUAUGGAAGAAAUAUGAACAACUCACCAAUGACCUUUCUCAAGAUCUUUGUGAACAAUUAAGACUUAUCCUUGAACCAACUUUGGCAACUAAAUUACAAGGUGAUUACAAAUCUGGUAAAAGAAUCAAUAUGAAGAAGGUUAUUCCAUACAUUGCCUCCCAAUUCAAGAAAGAUAAGAUCUGGUUAAGACGUACUAAACCAAAUAAGAGACAAUAUCAAGUUUUAUUAGCAAUCGAUGAUACUGAAUCAAUGGCUGCCUAUCAUAGUGGUGGUUUCGCAUUGGAAGCUAUGACUAUGAUUUCAAGAGCAAUGUCACGUCUUGAAGUUGGUCAAUUAGGUAUCGUUAGAUUUGGUGAAGAUGUUCAAUUGGUUCAUUCAUUCGAUCAAGUUUUCUCUGAUCAAACUGGUCCUGAAAUUAUCACACAAUUUAAAUUCCAACAAACUAAAACCAAUAUGGUUAACUUCCUUUCAAAAACUCUCCAAAUUAUGGAUAUGAACAAACAAUCAAGUUCUGGUGAACCAGCUAUGCAAUUGGUUUUCAUUGUUUCCGAUGGUUGGAGUUUACGUGAUCCAGAAACUACAAAGAAAUAUCUCCGUGAAGCUUCUAUUAAAAAUGUUUUCAUUGUUUUCAUUGUUAUUGAUAAUCCAGUUAAUAAUAAUAGUAUUUUAGAUUUUGAAUCUAUUUCUUUCAACAAUGGUAAAAUUCAACGUACAAACUAUAUGUCAGAAUUCCCAUUCAUGUAUUAUGUUAUUCUUAGAUCAUUAAAUAAUAUUCCUUCAAUUCUUAGUGAUACACUUAGACAAUGGUUUGAUUUAACAAAAUCAACUCAAUAA